UCCGGUCUACCUACCAUUGUUGUUUAAUAUUGUUAUUUUUCUUUCAAACAUGUGUGUUUUGAGCGUUAUGCAGGUUCCUUAAAUCAUCCUAUUGGUUGCAAACCUCCACAGUUCAGCGCUGUUUAAAUGAAUCGCGGUGAGGCUUAAAUGGAGCUAACAGGCCGCUAGCAGCAGCGGGCUAACUAAGGCUAAUUGUGGCUAACUAUUCUGGUAGUUUUGUGUUUUUUUUGUAAUUAAGUUUAAACACACAAAGUGGUUUUAAAAAAUGACGUCGGCCUCUGCUAAGGUUGGGGAAAUCUUCUCAGCAGCUGGAGCAGCUUUCACCAAGCUGGGCGAGCUGACCAUGCAGCUGCAUCCGGUGUCUGACUCCAGCCCUGCAGGAGCCAAAUGGACGGAGACGGAGAUCGAGAUGCUGCGAUGUGCCGUGCGUCGCUUUGGAGACGACCUCAACAACAUCAGCACUGUGAUCAAAGAGCGCACCGUCGCUCAGAUAAAGAGCACGGUGAAGCGGAAGCUGUACGAGGACAGCAGGGUCCCCAUUUCCACCGAAUCGCCCAAGAAAACCGUCAAAAAGGCGUCCGUUCCCAUGGCGCCCAGCCCCGCCCCGGCCGCCCCCGCCAUGAUCAACGUGCCGACCUCGCAGGUCGUCGUGGCAACGGGGAUGCAGAACAGCCCGUCAUUAGCCCCGCCCAUUAAAAAGCAGAAAACGGCAGACGUGACGCUCAGCGCUCUGAAUGACUCGGACGUCAACAGCGACCUGGUGGACAUUGAAGGACUGGGAGACGGGUCCUCCAACAAGAAGCUCAACUUUGACCAAGAGAGCCUGAAUCUGGACUCCAGCCUCAUCAUGAACUCCAGUGACCUCCCUCUUCUGUCCCGCUGACCUCACUGCAGAAGCUCCGCCCCCCUUUCCUUCCACGCUUUUAUUUUGAAGCCCAGCAGCCCGCCAAUGUUUGUCUUCAGAACCGUUUUAUUGUGGAAGAUGACGAGGUCUUCGAGUCGGAUUUAGUUUUCAGUUUGAGGCGUCGAGCUGCAGACGAUCUCAGGAUCUCUGGGUUCCGUCUCCACAUUCGGACUCCUUCUUUGACCCGGUUUGUUCUGAGAGCCAGAUAGAAACCAGCGGUGGGUCUGACAGUCCAGGAGACCGAGCCGGUUCUGAUCUUCUGACCCGGUUCUGAUCUUCUGACCUCCAGUGAAAAUAAAACGGCUGUUUGCAUCUAGAUGUUCUUCUGUCU